CAGUGCAAGUCAGUACAUAACCAUCAUUGUUCAGGAAAUCCUACAAUGGUGUCCAACUCCACGGUGGACAACAGCACUGAUGUGGUGUUUCUUUGUGAUGAGAUAUUUGACUUUGACACCAUCAGUGGUGCCUUCUUCUUUUUGAUCUUCAUCUUCAGUGUCACAGGCAACUGUCUUCUCCUACUUGUUCUCGUCAUCUAUGAUAACCUGAAAAAUGUCACGAAUCUAUUCGUCCUGAACCUGGCCUGCGCUGAUUUGAUCUUCACUGCCGCGCUCCCAUUCUGGGCCGUCUCUUACCUGCACCACUGGGUCUUUAGUGAGUUUACCUGCAAACUGAUGACUGCGGCAUACAUCGUUGGUUUGUACAGUAGCGUCAUUCUCCUGACUGCCAUGGCUGUGGAUUGUUUCAUAAUAGUGGUGCUGCACAACUGGCCGAGCGACUCUGUAAAGAGGCAAAGGUUUGCUAUAGUAGCCUCUGUAGCUGCCUGGGUCAUCAGCAGUGCUGCAUCCUUGAGAGAUGCUAUCAACAUGAAGGUGGAACUCUGGGAUGAUAUUUCCAUUUGUGUGGAUUCCUCUGAUGGCGAUGAUGUCAAUCUAGGCUAUUAUCUCCAAAUGUCCCUGCUCUUCUUCCUCCCACUAGCCAUCAUUGUUUUCUGCUAUUCUGCCAUCCUCAAGACAGUGUUGCAGUCUUCAAACAGAAAAAGGUACAGGACUGUGGUGGUGGUCUUAUGUAUUGUCGCAGCCUUCUUCAUCUGCUGGGGACCUUACAAUAUUUUGCUUUUCAUCGAGACUCUGCAUAAACCCAAAGACUGCAAUGCGAGCGGACGCUUGGAGAUUGCAUUUUCUGUUUGCCGUAUACUUGCUUAUUCUCACUGCUGUAUGAACCCUCUGCUGUAUAUGCACUCACAAAAGUUGCGAAGACAUCUUAAGAAUUGUUUAUGCUGUGAGAAGGCCGAGAGUAAGCACGGGGAGAGAGGCAUUGGCCAGAGCCCUUCUGUUAUUCAGAAUGUAGCUUUUGUGGCACAAAACUCUGCUGUUAUAUUGGAACUACACUCUGAAUAGACGUUCACGUUUGAAACACCUUUAAGUGCUUUUAUGUAAUAUAGAUUGUAUUUAUUUAAUGUCAUCUAUGACUGCAUAUUUCCUUACAAAUAUGAGGAGAUAUGUAAAUAUUUCAGAAAUAUGCCAAGUAAAUUAUGAUAUUUGUAAAACAAAUACAAUAAAAAAACAGUUUCCUGGCAAGCAUGUCAGUGUGUAUGUAAAUAUGCUUUUAGAAGUAAACAAACAUGCCAACUCA